UCCAGACGAGAAUAUAACCUCUGUUAUUUUGACUCGGAGGAAUUUAAUGGCUUUCUCACAACAAAAUUCCAGAGAUCUGCAGAAUAAGAAGAUUUUGGAGGAACUGCAGCUGAAGAAGCAGAUGCUCCUCAAGCAGGGGGUUGCUCCCACACUCUCGAGUUCCCUCAAUUUACCGUCCACUUCGUCUGCUGCUAGCCCAUCCACAUCAGCGUCUGGAGAUGGAUCGAUGACGGCGGUCCAACGUAAUGCCCUGAACAGUGCUCACGCAGCAUCAUUCGGCUACUUCGUCACCCAAGACUCAUCCUUCGGGAAUCUAAUACUCCCAGUGCUCCCUCGUUUCGACCUCGAUUGACAAAUGGCUUCCCUACGGAUGAAAGAGCUGGAGCAGUACCUGCAGCAGUUGGAGGUCUUCGAGAGCCCUAAAGUCCUCCUGGAGCAGUACCCCACGAGUGCCCACAUCGGCGCCCACCUGUUGUACACAGCCCAGACGCAAUUCGACGACAUCGAGGGGAAGGGAAUUGCCGAUUUGGGGGCUGGAUGUGGGGUGCUGUCCCUGGGGGCUAGAAUGCUGGAGGCUAGUUACGUCGUGGGGUUCGAGGUCGAUCCCGACGCCCUGAAGAUACUCUCCAGGAACUGCGAGGACAUUGAACUGAGUGUGGAGGCAGUCCAGUGCGAUGUCCUCCAGUUUCUGCCAGGGAGGUUUGAAAAGGCCUUUGACACUGUGAUUAUGAAUCCCCCCUUUGGAACGAAGAAAAACGCUGGUAUUGACAUGAAGUUCCUGGAGAUAGCCACGAAAUUAGCAAAGACCACAGUCUACUCCCUCCACAAAACAUCAACGAGAAAUCACGUUUUGAAAAUAGGACAACAGCUGGGGGCAAAGGGUACUGUUGUCGCUGAACUUCGUUAUGAUCUACCUCAAGUGUACAAAUUCCACAAGAAAGCGUCUGUCGACAUUCAGGUGGACUUCAUUAGGUUCUCCCUCGAUAAUUAAACUCAGGAUUGUUAAUAGCACUUUAGACUUGAUGAUUUAUUUUCAUGAUUUUUAAAAUAAUUUUUAAGAUGAUAGUCAGUCUGUGAAACACGAGGGGAAGAAUGUGAUGAUGGUGAUGACGAUCAUCAUCGAUAUCUUGGUGAUGAGGGGAAAAUUUUCAUUCAUUAAUUUAUUAUCAUUCGAAUUUAAUGCCCUGUGCCAAUGGCAAUUCAUUUCCAUAAUUGAUAGUGACUGUUGAUCGUCUCAUGUACUGUUUCCAAGCAUCACUUCCACUCUCUCGACCUCCACCUGUUGCCUUCUCACCACCAAAUGCACCUCCUAUUUCAGCUCCACUAGUUCCAAUGUUCACGUUUACUAUUCCACAGUCUGAGCCGUGUGGACCAAUCCACUGUAAAUACGAAAUUUGUAAAAAUUGAUUUUUCAUGUUGAUUAAAAAAUGGGCAUUUUAUAA